AUGGCCAUCCUGCCCAGUCUUUCCACCCUGCUUCCCCCACCCCGCUCCGACCUGAAGCCCCUGUCAGGAACAACACCCCUGACACCUCUGCCUGCCCUCGCACCACCGUUGACAUACUACCUCGCCCUACUCCUCCUCCCACCAUUUCCCAACACCUCCUCAGAGCCCACUGCACGCGUCAUCCCAUUCCUUCGCAACUCCCUCGCCCUCCUUUCCGGCAUUCUCUUUUUCCGCCUACCUCUCAAAUACCAUGUCCCUUUUUCCGUAGGCUUAACAUACCAGCUCGCGCUCGUCGGAUUGUACGGUGGCUGCAGGGUAUUGGACGCAUUCUUCAUAUCACCCUACCUAUUUCAACAUAUACCACGACGAGUGAAAUAUCAUCAUGCUCCUCGCACCCUUGCGCCUAGCACUCCGCUGGGCGCCGAUGCAAAGAGCUAUUUCAGCUUGCACUUUCUGACCCCGGGCGAUGGAGAAGCAGUCACGGAAACGGCAACCACGGAUGAAGGAUGGCCCCACGGCUGGCGAGACAGAAUAAGCUGGGCCUUGGAGCUCGAGCUCUCCAUGCGCGGCGCUGGCUUCACGUGGUCGAGUGCUGACGUGAGGCAUACAAAAUCGACUUGGCGACCGUCCAUCGGAGACAGGACCCAUUCCAUACUCGUUCACGUGUUGCCAAUUUUGGUGGUCAGUUGGGCGGUGAUUCGCGACAUCUACAGUCUCUAUCUAGCAAACGGGGCGCCGUUUGACGAUCUACCAAUUGGGUUGCAGUUGGUUCUGACCGCCGCAUUGGGCGCCUUUCUAAUGAGUGCAUUUUCCUUGGGUCACAGUACAUUCGCAAUCAUGUUGGCGCCGCUGGCACCGCAUCCGCUCUCUUACUUCCCACCCCUCUACACCGCGCGUGUCUGGGAGCUCACGAGCGUCCGGGACUUCUGGAGCUACGGCUGGCAUCGUCUUUUCUCCCGCCUUUUCCUCGUCUACGGGGUCUGGCCCGGCGAAUGGCUCGAGCGGAAACUGACGGGGAAGCCCGACGAGGAGGCGGCGGACAUGGGCAAGGUGCUCGGCGGUUUCGUGAGCAGCGCGUUUGUGCACAGCUUCGCGGCGCACACUGUCAUGGGCGGAUGGGAGGGCGCGUUUGGAGAAGCUUGGUUCUUUGCCGGUAAUGGCGUUGCUGUCGUAGUUGAAGAGGGCGUGAGGGUGGCGGUGGUACGUUAUAGGAGGUGGCAGAAGCGGCAGAGAGCAGGGGAUGGGAAGGAUGAGGUUGGUCUGGAGAGAUGGUAUGAUGGGGUUAUAGGCCGCGUCUGGUGGGUCUGUGUACUUUUGUAUAUGGGUAGGAACUUUGCAAGGGGUUGGGUAAGGGCCGGGUUGGUACGGGAGAUGGCUGGGUUGUAA